CUCCAGCAGCUGUAUCAUUAGGUCUUAGAAUGGAAGAGAUGAUAUUCAACCUUGCAGACAUGCAUUUGUUUUUCAAUGAUUUAGAGGAAUGUGAUCAGGUGCACAUAGACGAUGUAGCAUCAGAUGAUAAUGGACAAGAUUUGAGCAGUAAUUAUAAUUUCCAGACUGACGGGUUCCAUGCUGCUGCUACCAGUGCUAACCUAUGUCUCGCUACCGGUGUAAGGGGCGGAGUCGAUUGGAUGAGGAAACUCGCAUACCGGUAUAGGAGAAUCAAGGAGAUUUACAGCUCGUACAAGAACAAUGUAGGAGGCUUACUCGGACCUCAGAAGAGGGAACAGUGGCUGCAAUUACGAGCAGAGAUUGAAGCUAUGACGGAUUCAUGGCUCACCAUCGCUCUCAAAUCACUAUCAAUUAUUCACUCAAGAUCAAACUGCAUCAAUGUUUUAGUGACAACGACACAACUCGUCCCUGCCGUUGCCAAAGUCUUGCUCUACGGUCUAGGAGGAGUGUUCAACAUUGAGAAUGUGUACAGCGCCACAAGAGUUGGAAAGGAAAGCUGCUUUGAACGAAUCGUAGCGAGGUUCGGUCGUAAGGUGACGUACGUUGCCAUCGGUGAUGCGAAGGAUGAGGAGACGGCUGCUAAGCAGUUGGACUUUCCUUUUUGGCGGGUAACGAGCCACUCAGACUUAGCAGCGUUACAUCAUGCACUUGAUCUUGGAUACCUCUGAAUAUCAAUCCCGAACGAUGCCAUCCACCCCCACCCCCUCCUCCGUCACCCCCACCCCCUCCUCUGUCACCACCACCCCCCUAGAUACACCAUCGUUGAUAUAUUUUCUAUCUUGCCCCCUUCCAAACCUCCUUUUUCACUCCCCCUCCCUUCCCCCCCUUGUAUCCUGGACAUUCACCUCUUGGAAAAUGCCAUUGGUGCUAAAAAAAUAUGUGCGAAAGACUGAUAAGCAGAACAACUCGAUGAACUUGCCAUAACAAUGACAUUCAAAUGUAGAUGAUGAGAUGCAUAGGCAGAGUAAUCUUCGGAUGUUAAUGGGCAGCUCGAACUUAGUUGCGUCGGGAAAUAUAUUUAGACGCGGAGAAAACAUGGUGAAGCCAUCCUACGGAGACGAUACUGCUGUUUCCAUGGCAACUGGUGAAUAUAUACAUAUAUAUAUUCAGAUCUGUGAAUAUUGGUAUCUUUAAGGAAGAUGGAGUGUCGUGUUUUGAAGGUUAAUGUUGACCCCAUGGAAUCACUCAGGACUUUGGAGUCGUCUCCGUGUUUCUCUACGGGAUGAAAUAAAUCAAGCUUGGUUUCAUCGGAAUGGCUCUUUUAUUUUCCCUCUAAGAAUCCUCUUAGAGUGUGGUAUAUAGGCUUUCGCUGCUCCGGAAGUCGGUUGUUCUUUUUCAUUAUUAUAAGAGUUUCAGGUGUAUAUUUAAUUUAUUGUAUUUCAGAAAUAAUGAUAUUUGUGAUAUUUUUUCCACCGAGAAAUUAUUAUUGAUGGGGAAUAAUCAUGUAAGUGAAGAUUUUUUUAAAAGAAAUAUAGAUAAUACAUGUAUACUAAAAAAUUUCAAAUGUCAUUAUUUCCUCCAAAAAUAAUUUCCAAAGAGUUUCUGAAUUGAAGUUUUGAAUGCAGUUGAAUAGAAGCAUGGGAAUUCAAAAUGAUGUAUUAUUGCAAGAAUUUUUAAAGGUCAUUUUUCCCACAACAUGAACUUUUUAUCUUCCAUGAAGACAAGUUGCUCUAUAACAUCCAGCAGUAAAUGUAUAAUAUCAGGACAUAAAUGAAAUAAAGAAAUGUUUUGGAACUGUAAAUAGGAAAGUAGUUGUUUUUAUAAAGACAGGUUACAGGCUGAAUACAGUCAGAAAAAAGGCAUAUCAUAAGAAGUAAGAUAUUUUGCGUGUCAUGAUUUAGUAGAAACUUUGUAAAAUUUUCCCUUUAUUAUACUGUGCUUUGUAACAAAAAGUUUAGUAAUUGAUUGUAAAACAAAUGUUGCAAUUAAUUGAAUUGACAACAAAUGUACAAUCAAUCAUGAAAUUCAGUUUUAUGAUCUAUCACUAAACUCUGCGUUACUAGACCAUGGAUCUCGUUUCAUAAAACUUGCUAUCAAUGACAAAUGCACAAUUCCUAUGACAAUUUUGCUAUCAACCAAUUAAAUGCCACCAUUUCCAUAGCUUUUAACAUUUCUUAUUAUUGAAUGAAGUUUUAUGCAACCAGACCCUAUGUGAAAUUACACAUGUGAAUGUUAUUUAUCAUGAACUGGUUUUGAAUGUAAUAGUCUGUGAUUUUUUUUUAUAGAGUAAAUUUUGAGAACAAAAAUCAUGUUAUGAAUGAUGGCUAGAUGAAUAUAUUUUGUUUUCAAAGUUUAGUUUUAAUAUAUUUGGCUUGUUGUUUUUUGUGUUCAUAUAAGGACAUACCAAAGAGAACUAGUAUUACUAAAACAAAAGACGGCCUUGUUGAUUUCUGUCCACCGAUUUGUGUUCAUAGACUAGGUUUGUUUAAUUGUUCUCGUUAGAUAAAUGAUAUUAUUGAAAGAUAUUUCAAAGAGAGUCCAAACUUCCAACACAAUUGAGAUGUCCAGAUAAUCAAUUUUGUACAAUAAAUCACACCUGCUUUUAUAUGUUGAACAUAAUUUAUACAAGCAUGUUUGUUUUUUUGAGACACCAAAUAUUUUAAUAUGUUCAAUUUAAGUCUGUAUGAAAACCGAGUCUUUUCAGUGAAUGAUUUGAACGGUCUCUUUGAAUAUUGAUGUGAAAGUAAUGUGUCAUGGGAUGUUGCAAAAAAUAUGAUUGCAAUAUAUUGCAAGUAUCAAAUUAUUUCCGGUCCCUCGCACACAUUCGGCACCCCUGUAAAAUCUUGCGUACAAAAAACAUAAUUUUUCUUUCGCGUUUUCAUGAAAGAUGGGUAAUGUUUAGAAACAAAUACUUUGAGUUAUUUUUGAAAAUAUGCUUUAAUUGUUUUGAGUGUUUUUUUUAUUUGGUGGGGUAUUUCACUUCUAAGAUGAUAAUAGAUAUCUGGACAUACUUUGAGUUAUUUUUUAAAAUGGGCUUUAAUUGUUUUGAGUGUUUUUUUUUAUUUGUUGGGGUGUUUCACUUCUAAGAUGAUAAUGAAUAUCUGGACAUUGGACAUAUUGAACUUUGUAGAAAGCUUUAAUUGGUUCUCUUCUGUCUUUAAGGGGGAUCAAUGUUUGCUAAUUAUUUCUCACUAUAGGGCUGCUCCAUUGAAAUUUCCUACAAUCAUGGUUUAUGUGCUCAUCCUCUCGUGUAUAAGGAUGAUGAUGAAAGUCGAUGCAUCAUAUAGGACAAGUUUCUUCUACUGCAUCUCCCUAAUGGAAUGCUCAUGAGAUAUUGUUGUGUGGGAACUAGGGUAUUUAAAAGAGAUAUUCUAUCAUUUUUCUUUCUAUUUUAUUUGCAAAAGAGAUGUACAAGAAGACAAUACUUAUAUGUAUAAAGUGUUCAUUACUUGAUUUCAUGUUGUCUGUAUGUAGGUAUUAAUUAUUCUUACUAUUAUUAUUAUUAUCAUGUGAAGUUUUAAUAUCGAUUGAAUAUUUGUAAAGUAAGAGGAGAUUUUGUGAACACUUUGCCAAAAUGUCUAGUGAUUUGUAUAAAAUGUGGUCUAAACCAAGCCGUGCUAUGUUUCUUGACCGUGUUCACACCACUGAGGGUGAAUAUUGUUGUUUUGUAGCAAGUUCUGUGUUUUAAAUCUUUGUUUGAACAUGACUAAGUUGCCAAAGGAUAUUUUAUAGAAUAAACCCCCAACAACUUGCA